CCGUGACCGCUAAGUCCUGGGAGCUGUUGGGCUCUGGGACCGCAGUUGCAGAAAUGGAGGCAGAAGCGUGGGAGGCAGAAGGCUACAACCUAGUUCUGGACUCGGACCUGUAUGAUGCAGAUGUCUAUGAUGUCCCAGACCCUGGGCUGCUCACCGAAAAGAAUGAGUUGACUUUCACGGAGCCGUCGCAGGUCCUGCCUUUUCUGACCAGCAGCCAGCAGUGGCAAAGCCUGACCCCGCGCGCCCGCGCCCGCCGGCUGUGGCUGCUUCUGCGCACCAGCCUCCACGAGGUCGUGGAAAAGGAGAAGAGAGGCGAGCUGCGCGUGGCGCGCCUGACGCAUGGGCUGGAGCCACUGCGCCGCCUGGAGGUGGCAGCUGGGCUGCGCUCAGUGGCGCAGGACCCGGUGGGCGGACGCUUCGUGGUGCUGGACGGCGCGGGCCGCCUGCACCUGCACAAGGAAGACGGCUGGGCACAGGAGACGCUGCUGGCGCCUGUCGGGCUUACGGGGCUGGUGACCGUGUUGGGCCCGCUGGGUGCCGUGGGCCGUUUUGUAGGCUGGGGCCCCGCGGGGCUGGCCAUUCUGAGGCCCAACCUCAGCCUGCUGUGGCUGAGCGAGCCGCGGGUGGGCAGGGCCCCGGGUUGGGCGCCCACCUGCUGCCUGCCGGUGCCUGACCUCAGGCUGCUGCUCGUGGCGGAGAUGGACAGCAGCCUGGCGCUCUGGCAGUUCCGCUCAGGUGGUCGCCGCCUAGUGCUGCGAGGGUCACCACUGCACCCGCCCCCGAGCCCAACGGGCAGGCUCAUGCGUCUGGCUGUGGGGCCGGUUCCUCCCCACCACGUCCUGCGCUGCUUCGCGGCCUAUGGCUCGGCCGUGCUCACUUUCGAUCUGCAUGCCUGGACUCUGGUAGAUGUGCGCUGGGAUCUGCACAAAACCACCAUCUCGGACCUGGCUUACUGCGAGGAAGUAGAGGCAAUGGUGACAGCUUCCCGGGACAGCACCGUGAAGGUGUGGGAGGCUAACUGGCAGAUCCGGAUGGUGUUCGUGGGCCACACAGGCCCGGUGACGGCUAUGGCUGUGCUGCCUAACACGACCCUGGUGGUGUCGGCCUCACAGGACGGGACGCUACGCACCUGGGACUUGCAGGCGGCGGCGCAGGUGGGCGAGGUAGCACUGGGCUACUGGGGUCAGGACAAGCUGUCCCGGCGCGUGGGCCGUCUGCUGGCGCCAGCACGCCCGGGCUGGCCGGUGCUGUCCCUGUGCUCAAGCAGCAUGCAACUGUGGAGCGUACGCGAGCUCUACUCGCCGUUGGCGCAACUGCCCGCCAAGGUGCUCCAUGUGCAGGUGGCGCCUGCGUUGCCCGCGCCUGCGCACCCGUCUCUGCCUACUCGCCUCGUGUGCGCGUGCACCGACGGCUCAGUCUACCUCCUGUCAGCUGCCACCGGGCGCAUAGUGAGCUCACUGCUGCUGGAGCCGGAGGACUGCGCGGCAGCCGUGGCCUACUGCCUGCCGCGCGAGGCGCUGUGGCUGCUGACCAAGGCCGGGCACCUGGUCCGAGCCAACGCGGCGCGCUGCCCCAUGAGCGUGCUGCACCGCGUGUGCCCGCCGCCGCCCCCUGCGCCGCAGCCUUGCUGUCUGCACCUGUACAGCCACCUCACAGAUCUCGGAGGCGCCUUCUCCUCCUGGGAGGUCGUGCGCCAGCACCAGGGCGAGUUGCGCCGCAGCGCUGUGGCCUGCGCCUGCAAGAACAAGAACCGGUACCUGCCCGUGGUGGGGCACAUGGACGGCACGCUGUCAGUCCUGGAUUGGCUGUCGUCGAAGACCGUCUUCCAAACGGAGGCGCACAGCCCGGGCCCAGUCGUCGCCAUCGCAUCCACCUGGAACAGCAUCGUGUCUUCGGGUGGGGACCUGACGGUGAAGAUGUGGCGCGUCUUCCCCUACGCCGAGGAGAGCCUGAGCCUGCUGCGUACCUUCUCCUGCUGCUACCCGGCCGUGGCGCUCUGUGCCUUAGGCAGACGCGUCACCGUGGGCUUUGAAGACCCAGAUAGCGCUACCUACGGCCUGGUGCAGUUUGGCCUGGGCGACAGUCCGCGAUUAGACCACCGGCCCCAGGACGACCCCACGGACCACAUCACCGGCCUGUGCUGCUGCCCCACGCUCAAGCUGUAUGCCUGCUCCAGCCUGGACUGCACCAUUCGCAUUUGGACCGCUGAGAACCGCCUCCUGCGGCUCCUGCAGCUGAAUGGUGCCCCUCAGGCCCUGACUUUCUGCAGCAACAGUGGAGACCUGGUGCUGGCACUGGGAUCCCGCCUCUGCCUGGUGUCCCAUAGGCUCUACCUGCCUACAUCCUACCUAGUUAAGAAGAUGUGCUGGAAGGUCCCAGACAUGGUGGACGACCCUCCGCUGCCACUGACGAGCCAGGAAUCACUGACUUCCACCCAACUGCAGAGGCUCAGCAACCUCCAUCGGGCAGCCAGCCUCAGGUCCCAUACGGGCCUGCUCAACCCUCCUGGAGGCCCCCCUUUCCCACCCUGGGUGAGGGCCUGGCUGCGUGGGGCCCUCUGGAGUUGAUGCAAGCCUGCCUGAGCCUUGGCACACCCAUUUGGGGUCGGUCCUUGUCCCAGCCUCUUCCCCAGCCCACUGACAUGCCACCCAGCAUCCCACCUGUGCCUGUCCCUGUUUGCAGCAAGGCCUUGCCUCUCAUCCAUCGUCGGAGGGCAACAUCUCAGCACCUUGUGCCAAAGGAGGUGGGGUGGGUCCUCCUUAACCCGCCCUGCCCAGGCUC